AAUACCUGUAAUCCAAACCUCUUCUUUGAGACCAAAAGCGUCUCCCUCUCUCUCCAAAUGGCCACGUUCAAACAUCUUCUUCCACCUAUGGUCUGAGCUCUGAAAACUCAACCAAGCCAAGUCAACCUAAGGAGUGAACAGACCAACCAUGUCUUUAGCUUCAAGUAGUCAUCCUUCUCUCUACUCUUCACCACCAUUCCCAAGAACCAUCAAAACCAGGCGAAUCCUAGCUGCCUUUUGCCAAACCAGCCAUUCCUCACUCAAGAACCACUCGUGUCUGAGCACUUCAAGCGGUUUCUCAAAUACCCAUUUGCUCAAACCAUCGAUUUUGGUCGUAAAAGCAUCGGAAACUGAGUCCCAGACAUCGAAAUCGGAGAGUGGAAGUGAAGGGGGGCAGGGAGAUGACGAAAAGUAUGAAGAGUAUGAGGUGGAACUGCUGCAGCCAUACGGUCUGAAAUUCGCCAAGGGCCGUGAUGGUGGGACUUACAUAGAUGCGAUUGCGCCGGGUGGAUCGGCUGACAACUCUGGGGUGUUCACUGUUGGGGAUAAAGUACUUGCCACCAGUGCAGUGUUCGGGACAGAAAUAUGGCCUGCUGCUGAAUAUGGAAGGACAAUGUACACCAUUCGCCAAAGAGUUGGCCCAUUACUGAUGAAAAUGGAGAAGAGAUUUGGGAAGCAAGAAAAAAGCGGCGAAUUGACAGAAAAAGAGAUUAUCAGAGCUGAGAGGAACUCUGGCGUAAUUAGUAACAGAGUGAGGGAAAUCCAAAUGCAAAAUUUCCUGAAGAAAAAGGAACAGAAGGAGCUUAGGGCAAAGGACCUUCGUGAAGGACUGCAACUUUACAAGAAUGCCAAAUAUGAGGAAGCACUAGAAAGGUUUGAGUCUGUAUUGGGAUCAAAACCAGAUCUAGCUGAAGCUUCAGUCGCAAGUUACAAUGUCGCUUGUUGUUAUUCCAAGCUUAAUCAGAUACAGGCUGGGCUCUCUGCUCUUGAAGAGGCCUUGCAAUCAGGAUUUGAAGACUUUAAGAGAAUCCGAACAGAUCCAGACCUGGCCAAUAUAAGAACAUCCGAGGAGUUCGACCCUCUUUUGAAAAGGUUUGAUGAGUCAUUUAUCAAUGAAAAUGCCAUCAAUGCCAUUAAGUCUAUAUUUGGCAUAUUCGACAAGAAAUAGAGCCUUGAAUGAAUGAGUUCAAAUAAAAGGAAGCCAAGCUCUCUCUCAAUGGCAUGUGAGUUCACGACAAAGCCGCCAAUGCAGGGGUUGGCCUACCCAUGUUUCAAACAUCAGUUUCUCAUAUGUGAAUUUGUUCAUAUCAUUAGUUUUGGGUGACUACUGAAAGGAAAUGUGAUUUUUUUUUUUCUUCCUCUUCUUAUGGAUACUGAAUGAAAUUCAAUGAGAAGGAAAUUUGUUUAUAUAAA